AUGUUGGCUGGAUCUCUUAGUCAAAUUCCUCAAGCGAAUGCUGGAAAUCGGAAUGGUAAUGAUGAUGUGUAUCGUGCCUUAGGGAAGUUCCAGAGGAACAAUCCUCCUACCUUUGAAGGAGAGCAUGAACCGGAUAAAGCUCAAGCUUGGGAGAGUGCUUCUCACUACAAGGCUAUGAAUGAGAAGAAAGGUCAAUAUCGUGGAAAACCGUAUGAUAAUAAGAAGAAAGUUGUUUUUGGCGGAAAGCCAAGUGGGGGAGGAUCUAGUGCUCCGAUCAAGUGUUUCAAAUGUGGUGCUGAAGGACAUCGUGCUGUUGAUUGUCCCAAAGUUGAAGUGACAUGUUUCAAGUGUGGCAAGAGUGGUCAUAAGGCAAACGAGUGUAGAGGUGGUUCGAAAGUUCAGAAGAGUAGUUGCUUGAUUCGUGGCUUAGCCGGAGAAUUCCGAGGUUUCGUUUUGAUUAGGUAG